GCUACAAAACUAGAUCUAGGCCUAAGCCGUUGACGCGGUCACUGGCCUUGUCUGUGCAGUUUUUGUACUAUUCGUAAACAGUGGAUAUAGAUCUACAUAGUAUAUUCUAAUAUAGAUCUACAUCUAUUCUAGAUUUAUUACCAAAAGGUUCUUGAAAUUUUACAUGUGACUUUUACUACUGUGGAUUGAGCUUUGGAAGCUAGGUGCACACAGCAAUGUUGAGGCUGAAGGCUCGUGUGGGAGUUCUCCACCAUGUGGCCUCAUCUUCAAUGGCACGGGCCACCUCAGCAACAUCGGUGCAUGGUGGAGCAUUGUCAAAGACGCUACCAGACAUUCGACUGCAGUCCUCGCAAGCAAAAUCUCAGAUUAAGCCAAUAAAAAAACUCAUGGUGGCCAACAGAGGGGAAAUAGCCAUCCGUGUUUUUCGUGCAUGCACAGAGAUGGGCAUACGUACAGUAGCAAUCUACUCGGAGCAAGACAUUAAUCAGAUGCACAGGCAGAAAUCAGAUGAGUCGUACCUUAUUGGGAAAGGUCUGUCACCAGUGGCUGCCUACCUGAAUAUUAACGAGAUCAUCAACAUUGCUUUGGAAAAUCAUGUUGAUGCCAUCCAUCCUGGGUAUGGUUUCCUGUCAGAGAGAGCUGACUUUGCUAAGGCUUGUGUCGAUGCAGGCAUCACGUUCAUUGGUCCAACACCUGUGGUGGUCCACAAGAUGGGGGAUAAAGUGGAGGCAAGACAAGCAGCGACUGAUGCAGGUGUGAGGGUAGUACCAGGCACUCCAGGGCCCAUCACCACUGUAGAUGAAGCUUAUGAGUUCUCCAAGACACAUGGGCUGCCUGUUAUUUUUAAAGCAGCCUAUGGUGGAGGCGGUCGUGGCAUGAGAGUCGUCAGGGCUCUAGAUGAAGUGCAAGAAAAUUUCAACAGAGCCUCUUCAGAAGCCUUGGCUGCAUUUGGAAACGGAGCUCUCUUCAUAGAAAAGUUCAUUGAAAGACCUCGUCAUAUUGAGGUCCAGAUUCUAGGUGACAAGGCUGGCAAUGUGGCCCACUUGUAUGAGAGAGACUGUUCAGUGCAGAGGCGUCACCAGAAAGUUGUGGAGAUAGCCCCAGCCCCAAAGCUGGAUGAGAAACUGCGUAACAGGAUGAAUGAUGAUGCUGUCAAACUGGCCAAGUUUGUCGGCUACGAGAACGCUGGAACAACAGAGUUUCUUUUGGACAAGAACGGGGAACACUUCUUCAUCGAGGUGAAUGCCAGACUUCAAGUGGAACACACUGUGACAGAGCAAGUUACUGGUGUUGAUCUUGUGCAGUCUCAAAUCAAGGUAGCAGAAGGCUACACCUUGCCCGAGCUAAACCUUACACAGGACAGGAUUCAUCUCAAUGGUUUUGCCAUUCAAUGUCGUAUGACAACAGAAGACCCAUCACGCAACUUUCAACCAGACACUGGCAGAAUUGAAGUCUUCCGAAGUGGUGAAGGUAUGGGCAUCCGUCUGGACAGCGCCUCAGCUUUUGCUGGCGCUGUCAUUUCCCCUUACUAUGACUCCCUGCUGGUGAAAGUCAUCGCUCAUGCCAGGGAUCAUCCAUCAGCUUGUGGCAAGAUGCUGCGCGCGCUCAGAGAGUUUCGCAUUCGGGGAGUGAAAACCAACAUUCCCUUCUUGUUGAAUGUCCUACAAAAUGAGACGUUUCUGAAAGGCAGCGUGGACACGUACUUCAUCGAUGAGCACCCUCAGCUGUUCCAGUUUGCCCCGACUCAAAACAGGGCCCAAAAGCUUCUCCAUUACCUGGGCAACGUGAUGGUCAAUGGGCCGUCCACACCGCUUGGAACUGAUCUGAAACCAUCUGAUGUGAUACCUUCUGUGCCGCCUGUACCCGCUGAUGAACGAGGGAGAGGGAAAGCGCCCCCUCCCGGGUUGCGUGAUAUCAUUGUGAAAGAGGGCCCUCAAGCUUUCGCCAAGAAAGUCCGUGAGCACAAAGGUCUGAUGCUGACAGACACAACCUUCAGGGAUGCACAUCAAUCUCUGUUGGCCACCAGGGUCAGGACCUAUGACCUCAAGAGAAUAUCACCAUUCGUGGCUCACAAUUUUACUCCACUCUAUAGUUCAGAGAACUGGGGAGGUGCCACUUUUGAUGUAGCAAUGAGAUUUCUUCAUGAAUGCCCAUGGGAUCGUUUAAGGGAACUCAGACAGUUGAUUCCUAACAUUCCAUUUCAAAUGUUACUCAGGGGAGCUAAUGCAGUUGGUUACACCAACUAUCCAGACAAUGUUGUCUUCAGGUUUUGUGAUCUGGCUGUGAAGAAUGGAAUGGACAUCUUCCGAAUCUUUGAUUCUUUGAACUAUGUCCCAAACAUCAUAGUAGGAAUGGAAGCUGCCGGGAAAGCAGGUGGCGUUGUGGAGGCAGCCAUGUCCUACACUGGUGAUGUGUCUGACCCAGACAAGAAGAAGUAUAACCUAGAGUACUAUGUCAAGCUGGCUGAUCAGUUGAUUCGAGCUGGAACCCAUAUCCUGUGUAUCAAGGACAUGGCUGGUUUAUUGAAGCCAAGGGCUGCAACUCUCCUUGUCUCCACUCUGAAAGACAAGUUCCCAGACAUGCCCAUCCAUGUUCACACCCAUGACACUUCUGGCGCCGGUGUGGCCUCCAUGUUGGCCGCUGCUUACGCUGGUGCUGAUGUGGUGGAUGUUGCUGUGGACUCUAUGUCUGGAUUGACCUCUCAGCCCAGCAUGGGCGCUGUGGUAGCAUCUCUGGAAAAGUCUGAGCUGGAUACAGGGUUGUCACUUGACAGAGUCUCUGAAUACUCUGCCUACUGGGAGCAGGCUCGCAACUUGUACAAACCCUUUGAAUGUACCGUCACCAUGAAGAGUGGCAAUGCAGACAUUUACAAGAAUGAGAUACCAGGUGGACAGUACACUAACCUUCAGUUUCAAGCCUUCAGUCUGGGUCUUGCUGAGCAGUUUGAGGAGAUCAAGAAAAUGUACUCAGUGGCAAACAUUCUUCUGGGAGACUUGCCAAAGGUCACUCCGUCCUCCAAAGUUGUUGGAGACAUGGCCCAGUACAUGGUACAAAACAAACUGACUGCUAAAGAUGUGCAGGAGAGGGCAUCAGAGCUGUCUUUUCCUUCUUCUGUUGUGGAAUACUUCCAAGGCUAUCUAGGGGAGCCACCUGGUGGCUAUCCUGAACCUUUGAGAACUCAGGCACUUAAGGGUGCUAAGAUGCUAGAGGGCAGACCAGGGGCUAGCUUGCCUCCAGUUAACUUUCAGUCAAUCAAAGAAACGUUGGUUGAGAAACAUGGUGACUGGGUGACUGACGAGGAUGUGGUUAGUGCAGCUCUCUACCCAAAAGUGGCUGAUGAAUACUUGGAUUUCUUCAACAAGUAUGGACCAGUAGAUAAACUGGACACUAAGACUUUCUUGGUGGGACCAAAAGUUGCGUCACAAACUGAGGUUGAGUUAGAGAAGGGCAAGAGUCUCUCUAUUGUCACACUGGCUGUAGGAGACUUGAGCAAACUAGGAACACGAGAAGUAUUCUUUGAACUCAAUGGUCAGCUGCGGUCAGUCAGAAUCAAAGACACUGCGGCUCAAAAGGAAAUGCAUGUCCAUCCCAAGGCAGUGAAAGGAGUGCUUGGAUCGGUGGGUGCCCCAAUGCCAGGCACAGUAGUGGACAUCAAGGUCAAGGAGGGAGAGCAGGUCACCAAAGGUCAGCCAUUGCUGGUACUUAGCGCCAUGAAGAUGGAGAUGGUGGUGACCGCUCCAGUGACCGGCAAAGUCAAGUUGAUCUCCGUGACCAAGAACAUGAAACUGGAAGGAGAUGACCUUCUGGUGGAGAUAGAAGCUCACACUUAAGAGAUGACCAUUUGUUGAAUAGUUUCUAAUGAGGCCUUACUUGACCAGUGAACUGACCAGUGAAUAAUGGCCUCAACCAAGUAGUUUUUGUGUAGUUUUAUUACACUAUUUAGACAGAAGUUACAUGCAAAUCUUGUGUACAGACUGGCAUGUAAUGGUAGAAUGAUUAUAGCGUAACAUAUUUUGUGAGAUUCUAGACUUUGGUAUUUUAUAUACACUCAAAUAUUUUAAUAAGAAACAUGGGCAUAUUUUUUGAAAGAGAAUAUUUAUAAAUGUUUGUGGUUGUGACUAACCAACGAGAAAUUUUGUCCUCUUUAACUUUCAACAAGUUUUUACAUGGUUUUGUUUCAGUUUUAUUUUGUUAUAACCCUGACACUAAGUUUGUGCAACUUACAAAUGAGAUUAUGAAUUUUGUAUACAUUUUUUACAUUCUUCUCGGCUAUUCCAUUGGUUGCUUCCUUAAAUUGGCUAGCAGUCAUAUGGACUUGGGCUUUAGUUGGAUGGAAGGUUGUAGUCAUUUGAAACUUUUGUCACAACAUCAGUGAACUUACUGCCUAGUGUCAUGUUUUUCUGAGUGUAUGUCUUCAUGAAAAUAAUGUUCCAGAGGCUAUUUCAAUUAGAAUCAAUUCCAUUAUAUUUUUUUUUCUUUUUUUAAGACUCAUUCUGGUAAAAAAAAAAAAGACCUGAUUUUAAAGCUCUUAGAUUGUCCUUAGGUUUGAAAGUAUUUUCAACUUGUGCUGUGUGUUAAAGAGCUGCUAUUGUUGAAACAUUGUUAUGUCAGUAGAUGAAUUUAGAAUGGGAAUAGUGCAUUGUUUUUUUGUGUGCUUGAGACUUAAAAAGACUUGCUACAAGGUCUUCAAAUGAUGGAAGUCAUGCUUUUUGCUGUAUGUCAAUGUAAGUGAAUAAUUUGUUGCAUCAGUAUUUGGAGCAAAGAGUUUAUACUGGCCUUGUGCCAGGUAAAUGCUCCGGGCUCAAAGUAACACAGAUAUUAGUUUUUGUUUCUUAAUGCCAGGUAGUCAGUCACGUUUUUGAUCUCAUUGUCUUUCAUUUCCAAAUGCAUUAUGUCUAAGUUCAGCAGUGCUCUAGGAGUCUGACCAGGAUGAACCUAUUGGAUGAGUUGCUCCAGAAGACAUUCAAUUGAGUUGAUUAAAUUAAUCAGAUUUAGUUUUUUUCAUAACAUUUUUUCUAUUGGCUUGAAGUGAGGUGAAUGAUCAAUAUGUUCAGGGACAGAUUUGUUGUUGUUUUCAUCUGAAUCAAAGCUCAAUAUUGAUGUUUUAUAAAGUAGGCUAGAGAAAGAGGAGUACUAUGAAUUUGUUUGGCCCAAUGUUUUUAGCUGUUGGUAGAUAUUGGUUUUGUGUUGACCUUUGAAUAGUGGACUUGGUUAACCUCAAAUUUAAAACAAUUAUCAGGUCGUGAGAGAGAUGCAUCAAAUUUACACAGAGAGUUGUGUAUUGUUUAGAUAGGUGAAGUGAUUACUUGAUUUACUUGAUUUAACUAAUGUUUCGAAAAGUUAUUUAAUUAUUAUUAUUUUGAUAUGAACAAUCCAAAGGCAUUAAAAAUGAUGUAGCUAGACCAGAAUACUCAUUUGUUUUGCUGUUAGAAAAGGACAAAUGCUCAAUUUUUUUUACAUGACUGAGUGAUUUCAUUAGUCCAAUACGUUGACAUCAAACAGGGCUCAACUACAUUAGUUGAAAGUCAAAUUUAGUUAGGUGAAAGGUCACGAUGUCUGCUAAAAAGCAUAAUGGUUUUUGUUUUGUCUCUGUCAUAGUGGCUGUAAUCAGUGAUUUCCCUGCUUAUUUUGUGAUAAAUUCUUUUAUUCCAAGAAUCCUUUGCUAAUUCUAUAGGUCAAUGACAUCUAGUUCAGCAUGUAUAUAUACUAUAUAACCUUUUGCUUUUUAGUUUGUUUUCAGCAAGUAGCUAGAUUUUAUAUAUCAUUGUAUGUAGCUAAAACAUUGAAGAUUGCUAUACAUAUUUGAAUUUACUAGCAACAUUAUGUUCUUGAAAGAGAAUUUUGUAUUCAAUGUGUGUGAUCCACUUUCCCCUCUUAAAUCCAGUCUCUUGAUUCUCCUUGAAGGCAUGGCAUGGUUUCUACAGUCUUUUAAACCCUUGUGUGAUGAUAAAUCCAUACAUUUUUUUUUUUUAAAUAAUAAAAGCUACAAGUCUUCCGACUCCUGAUUUAUUUGUAGAAAAAAAUAAAUGUCCAAUCAACAUUGAUUCCUCAUAGCUAUACCUGCACUGUGAUUCCUCAUAGCUUUACCUGCACUGUAUCUUCCUUGCUCCCCCCUCCUCCUGAUGAACAUUGUUUGUAUUAUUUACUUCAAGAAAAUUACUGUUGGUGGAAAACAUUUUGAUUUCAACCAAAAUAAUAAACUAACAGAAAACAUUA